CAGGUCAGCAAACAAAAUCGUUCGGGACGAGGACCUGUCGCUGCGAACGCUUUUUCCUCCUCGCCGCACUCUCUUUCUCUUCCUUAUCCAUUCUUCCUGCCUCACCCGCACCACUCCUCCUCAGCCCCGAUAGCUAGGCACCGCCGCUCGCCGGAGCUCCCCUCAAGCUCCCAAGCCAUGGCCGCUGGCCCUCUGCAUCGCCGCUGGAUUUCCGGCGCCUCCCCAACCCUCCACCGCGAAUAGAUCUGCAUCCCGUGCGCCAUCGCCAGCCCAAGCGGCGGCGCCCUGCCGCGAGGACCAGAGGGCGACUCCGCACCCACCUGAGCAAAGCUGCUACUGGCCGGCGGUGAGGCUGACCCGCACAUAUCCCGUGCGCCAUCGCUGGCCCAUGUCUGGGGAGGCGAGCUUCGCGUCGGCCCAAGCAGCGGCCCCCAGCAUGAGGCCCGGCGGGCGAGGAUGCGCCGACCUGAGCAAAGCUGUUGCUGGCCAGCGGUGAGGCUGAUCCAUUCUGGCCUCGUCGACCUCGCAUCCGCCUUCCGCCGCGUCGCCCAGUGCCAGGCGGGCUCCCGGCGCAUCUUCCUUUGUCUCACUGUCGCCUCCCUACUUGGCAGGCCCGCCCGCGACCCCUCCCCCUUCCCUUUGUUCUAUCUCUGGAUCCCCUUCUUUUUGCUGUGUUUUUGUUGUUUGAUUCUGUCUUCAGAUAGCACAUGGCAAUUUAUUCACAUAACAUGGCUACUUCAUAUUUUAGGGACAAAAUUUAGAGUGCUGAACAUAUUAAGUUACCAUGGAAAAAUUGAUGUUAUAAUUGUAUGCAUGGUCAUGUAAGUUGCCAUGGCAAAAUACUUUCUGGUACAUACAUCGUAAUAAAAGUUGCCAUCAUUUUUUCAUACAGUAAAUGAUGUAUAUGGCAAUUAAGCAUUAUUUUGUGGGGAGUUCAUGGAAUUCAUUCGUAACUCGCCAUCCACGGGUUCGGCAGCGAUGGUCUCCUCCCUCCCUGCAUCCGCCAGAGAGGCCACGACAGCUCGCCGACGGCGGGCCUCGAGGUGGCCGAGCGAAAAGCGGCGGUGCUCCGGGUCUUGGGAACUCCUCACCACCACGGCCAUGGUAGCGGCAACAACAGCCAAGACCACGGUCACGCCAAGCAGUAGCAGCCGUUCAGAUAAUUCAUGGGAAAUUAUGUGAUGCGAUGCAAAUUGAACCAAAACUCGUAUGUGUAAAUUGUUACAGUAAUCUGUGUACCUUACACUACUUUUCUCAUGUGUUUGCACUGAUAUGUGGGUUGCUCAAAUUUUGAAGCAGCUUGGACGUUACCAUCAGUUUCUAGUUCACUUUGGCAUGUCUCAAAUCCUGCGAUAUUUUUGCUAGCUGAUUUUCUGACUCAAGUUGUGAUAAAUUAGUAAGUUUGCUAUGUACUGAAGUUAGUUUAGUUUCAUGUGUACCCGAGGUUCUGCUUGAAAUAGUUACCAUUGUAAUAGACAUAUAUUUGCCAUCGUAUUUAGCACGAUAUUGCGAGAAUAGACACAAUUGCCACAACUCUGAUGUAUAUUUUUUGCCUCCAAAGUUGCCAUGUCUCACUAUACAAUUUUUUCUUAAAUUUACCGUCUCACUGUACAAUUUUUCUUAAUUUUUCCUGGAAGAUGGCAAAUAUAGUUAUGGAAUCAUGGCAAAUUUAGUUCUCGGAUUAUGGAAAAUUCAUUGCUUUCUUGCGGUGGCAACUUUUGAUUUUGGAUCAUGGCGCGGUAUUACUGUUUUCAAACAUGGCAUCUAAUCGUACACUUUCUGCCAUGUAAACAUCAAAAUUUUAGUUAAUUCAUCAUGGCAAAUUUAGUUUACUCAUCAUGGCAAAUUUGCUUCCUGGAAGAUGGCAAAUAUAGUUAUCAAAGCAUGGCAAAUUCAUUGCUUUCUUGCCAUGGCAAUUUUUUGAUUUUUAAAAUUGUCACCAUACUUCUUGAAAUUUUCAAAAACAACAUAAAAUGGAAAAUAUUGCGAUGGCAUGUUUUACUAAUUAUUUCACCUUUAUUAACAUGGCAAAUUUACCUAAAUUUUCAUGACAAUUUUUUAACAUUUAUUGCCAUGGCAAGUUUUAUUAUUUAUUUGCCAUGCCAAAUUUACCUUUUUAUUAAGAUGGUAAAUUUACCUAACUACCCACGACAAUAUUUAACUUUUAUUGCCAUGGAAAUUUUUACUAUUUAUUUGACUUUUUAUUAACAUGGAAAAUUUACCUAAAUCCCCAUGGCAAUAUUGAACUUUUAUUGCCAUGUCAAGUUUUACUUUUUUUUGCCAUGUCUAAUAUACUUUCAUUAACACGGCAUAUUUACCUAAAUCUACAUGGCAAUAUUUAACUUUUAUUGCCAUGGCAAGUUUUACUUUUUUAUUUGCCGAUGUUAAAUUGACCCUUAUUAACAUGGCAAUUUUACCUAAAUCCCCAUGACAAUAUUUAACCUUUAUUGGCAUGGAAAGUUUACUUUUUAUUUUGCCAUGGCUAAUUUACCUUUAUUAACAUGGCAAAUUUAUCUAAAUUCCCAUGGCAAUUUUUAACUUUUAUUGCCAUGGCAAGAUUUACUAUUUUAUUUGACCUAUAUUAACAUGGUGAAUUUAUCUAUAUUAACACGGUGCAUUUUUUGUUUUUUGCUUCACAUGAUGGCGAAUUUAUAUAGUAAAAGCAUAUAGAUUUUAGUCCAUAUUUCUUGUCAUCAUGGUACGGAUGCAAACUGCCAUGAACUUUUUCUUUCUGUUUUGUGCCAUUUCACAAAAAAGAUCUUUUUUUACCUUGGCAAAAUUUGUUUAUAUUGAUGAUGGCAAUUUUUGGUUUGACACCAUUGGCAUUUUUUUUAGUAGUAUCUUGUUUCUUCAAAAAAAUUAUCUAUCACGACAUUUCUUUUUGGACUUUUUCGGUAAUGGCAAGUUCAUAUGUGUCCCCACUGCACAUUUUUGCCAUGUUUUUGAUUGGUAAACAACAAUAAUUGCCAUGGAAAAUUCAUACAUUUUGACAUCUUUGCAAGGAAGAUCUUUCUGGUUCAUUCAUCUUAUAGUGGUAGAGAUCUCAUGGUUCAUUCAUGCAUUUUUAUUUUUGGAGCAUUUGUGAUUAUUUUCAAGUGCAUGGCAAAAUCUGGCCUUUUUUUGAGUGGAGCAACAUCUGGCCUUUAUUAGUUAUACGUCCAAUGGUGGGCUUUUUUAUUCACAGUAAAAAUUGGUGCAAACUGGGCUUUUGUUUCUUUUUCUUGUUUCACAACAAAAAGGCCUGUAGGCUGCUGAGGUAGGGUGUUCGGGCUGGAUGAUUCUCGUCCCGAACGCAUGCGUUCGAUCGAUGCCUCCACGUUCGGUCUUGGCUCCCCCAGACCGAACGUUCGACAGUUAUCGGGGUCCUAAUAAAAAGGCAGCGUAGCCUUCCUCAAAAAAAAAAAAAAAAAAAAAACAGCGUAGCCCAAGAGGCUUGCAAACAGCUAAUGAGGCGACCACCUACACGUUACUAGUGCUACAAACAAGACGCUGUCUGAGUGAGGCGACCACCGGCGAAGUAUGGCGUGGUCCAUCGCAGCGAACACAGGCGGCAGCUCACAGCAGACGGACGGAGAGGGGGCACCGCGCCCGUCAGAGGACGCCGCGGCGGCGUGGGGGUCCGGGCGCGCCAGGCCAACUUCCGAUGCCUGGGGCACAGGCACCAGGUUGCCGGUGGACGACGCGGUCGUCGAAACCUGGGGAACCAGGCCGUCGACGGAUGCCCGGUUCACGGACAGCUGGGCCAGCUUGGUGACAACAGAGCCGCGGGUCACCGGCGGCACUUGGGGCCCCUGGUCAUCAGCGGCACAGGGCGCUGGGUCCUGGCGCAGCUGGCCAUCGGAGGCGGCGCGGGAGAACUGGAGCGGCUGGGCGCCGGAAAGGCGUCCCUCCACGGUUCCGUGGCCGUCGGAGCACGCGGUGAUCACGAACGUGACUGUGGAGGAUGCCCGUGCCCUCCACUGCGGCGUCUGCGGCCUCCCACUCAAGCCGCCAAUCUUCGAGUGUGACCUGGGGCAGGCGGUGUGCUCGGCGUGCCGCGGCCCUGGCUACCGCCGGUGCCGCGCCAUGGAGAACCUGGUGGCGACCGUCCGCGUGCCGUGCCCCAACGCCGCUCACGGCUGCGACGCCACGCCGGCCUACUACGACAUGCAUGCACACGGACUGGCGUGCGCGCACGCGCCGGGCACGCGCUGCCCCGCGGACGCCUGCGAAUUCGUCGGCUCAAUGGCAGCGCUCCUGGACCACUUCACCGCCGUGCACGGAUGGACGCUCACAACCGAGGACGGCGUCGGGAAGAGCUUCGACGUCGACCUCCAGGACGGCUUCAACGUCGUCACCACGGCCGUCCGUGACGGCGGCAACCAGCUCUUGCUCCUGCUAAACGUUGUGAGCCACCCGUUUGGUCGCACCAUCGCUGCGGUCUGCAUUAGUCCUUACCCCGCUGCCGUCGAGUCAUGGUCGUCGGCUGCUGCAUCCAAGACGGUGCAACUCGAGCUCCGCUACUCGGCAGCUAGCCAUUACCAAGAAUCUGAAUUCAAUGUUCCUUUCGCCGAUAUCGCCGAUGGAUUCCCAGACGUCAGCGAGUUGGCCCAGUUCGUCGUGCCCAAGUCUGUUCAUUCAGACGACCAUGCUACUACGCUGGUCACGGCCUAUAUUACCAUCAAAUAGCUUGGUCAUCACCACCUUAUCCUACUAUCUAAUUUAUCCUGAAGGCUUGAUGCGUCUCGAUUAGUACUACUACUAGUCCAUAAGAUCAUUUCCCAUUGAGCUAGAACUGUUGUCACUUAAUUAUGAUGCAAACCAAGAGAGCAACUUUUGAAUUUCUGAACUUAUUAUCACCUGGAUUUAAUUCAGACCCAUGCUGAUGCUCUCAUGGUCACAUUUUGUUGGCAUGUAUUUCAUCAAAAUGUACACAGAGCAGCCUAUAUUUUAGGGCGUGUUUCCACUUUUGAGAGUGAACUGGUUUUUCUCGUGCCACACAUUUUUUUCAGGGAAAUUGCAGAGUAUUGAUUAGUUCAUGAGUCUAUUGUUUAAUACUCCUAAUGCUUACUUUGAUGUUUAGGGCCUCGUUGAUUGCAGAAUUGUAAAAGCGCAGUAAUAGAGAAAGUACAGGAUUGGAAUGUCAUGUCCAUGUGAAUCCUACGUGAUUUGAGUUUGUUUGAUCGUGUCGUUGGAAAGGCAAACGAUCUUUUCCAAAAGGGUUGGGGGAAUUCCAGAUUUCUU